ACUGUAUAAAUGGGUAAUUGUAUGUAAAAAUAAUGUGAUAUCUUGUAACAAUUGUAAGUCUGCUAAGAAAUAAAUAAUAAUAAUUACAGCGGUGCAAAGAGGGCACUUCACAGGGAGCACCAUGCUGGUUUCACACAGUCCACAGCAACUCCACGCUGCAGCUUCUCCUGUUGCUGUGGCGACCGAGCGGCGCUCUGAUUGGUCACCCUGGUCGUUACUGAAACUCCUUUUAGUUGUUGUUUAGUGUCCAUCCAAUCGCCGCCUCUCCCUCUUCCCACGCCCCACCCCCCCUUUGUCUAUCCACGCGGUGAUUGGCCAGUCUGUCAAUACAAAAUCAAAAAUCGCGCGCUGCCGCCUGGGCGUUCCGAGACCGUUGGGCGUGUCCUGCCUUUGCCAGCGCCGCGCUGUGAUUGGCCGGGAGGUGUUUUUUUUUAUUUUUAUGAAUGGAUACAGUUUGUGCAGCCGAGAUUGUGACGUCACCUGGCUGGUGACUGCAUUUAGUUGUAGUAGAGAGAGAGAGAGAAAAAAAAAGAGGAGGAAAAGCAGCGUGGUCUGAGGAACCGGCUUAACCGGCGUGUGGAGCGAAACCGCUGCGGGCUGGGAAUCUCGUUGAACCGGGUUCCCUUCUCUCCCUCCCGCGCACCCGGCUUAGGGGCACAUGUUUUAAACUCGUGAGGAAGAAGAGGGCGCAGCUGGUCCACGAUUUAAACAUCCAGUCUGUGUGAAAGCAAGGGAAUACACCAGCACACGGGCUGGGAGGGACGGGUCGAUGCGAGGCACGCUAAGGAUGCGCUUCUGAAAGCUGCGCACCCUCGCCGGUUUCUGCGGGGCGAGCGGUAGGAAGUCGGAAGAUCAUUGUUUUGUUAGUUUGUUUUUUUUAAAAAAUAUUUGUUGUUAUUCCUCCCUUGCCCCCAUCGUUUGAAAUAACAAACAACUCAACAGCAACACAACAUCCCAGUAACACAGAAACAGCGCAAGAACCGGACAAGCCAACCCUUAGCGUUUCAAACAUUUCUCAUUUGAUUACUGUUUGUGUGGAAAUGCUGCUGUCCUCUAACCCGACGACGCCGAACACGGGCACGUUUCUCAGGAACAUUACAACCCCAGCGAGCGCUUCACAAUCCGGAUUGCCAGCAACAGUCAAGGAGCCCCUUGAGAAGGUGUACCAGGUGGGGCCGGUGGUUGGCAGAGGGGGGUUCGGGACGGUCUACGCAGGGGUCCGCAUCAGCGACGGGCUGCCGGUGGCGAUCAAGUACGUGACCAGGGACCGGCUUGGAGAGCUGUGCACCAUGGAGGGCCGGCUCGUGCCUCUGGAGAUCGUGCUCCUGCGGAAGGUGUCGGUGGGGGUGGGUUCGCGGGGGGUGGUCCGGAUGCUGGAGUGGCGCGAGUGUCCCGACGGGUUCCUGAUGGUUCUGGAGCGGCCCGAGUCCUGCCAGGACCUGUUCGACUUCAUCUCGGAGCGCGGGACACUGCCUGAGGACACGGCCCGCACCUUCUUCAGCCAGCUGAGCCGCGCGGUGCAGCACUGCCACGCCCGCGGCGUCCUGCACAGAGACAUCAAGGAUGAGAACGUGCUGGUGGACCUGCAGAGCGGCUCCCUGCAGCUACUGGACUUCGGGUCGGGAGCCCUGCUCCGAGAUGGGCUCUACCACGACUUCGAUGGCACUCGUGUGUACAGCCCCCCCGAGUGGAUCCGUUCGGGUCAGUACCACGGCAAGCCGGCUGCAGUGUGGUCCCUGGGGAUCCUGCUGUACGACAUGGUGUGUGGGGACAUCCCCUUCGAGCACGACGACGAGAUCACGCUGGGGCAGAUCCACUACCGCCAGUGCCAGCCCUCCGCAGCGUGCUGUCGCCUGAUCGAAUGGUGCCUGUCGCAGGACCCCAAAGACAGACCCACACUGGAGCAAAUCCUCGCACACGAGUGGCUCCACCCUGAAACCUCAGGCAGCCAAUCGGACAGCAAGCUGGGGUCGGGGGCGUAGACAGGAGGGAGGGUGGGCGGGGCUCUUUACUGUGGCCAAUGAGACAGAAGCAUAUCUCACUACUGCAAGGGAAGUACGGAGAACAAGGGCAUGAAAGAGAGCGAGAGAGGGGGAAUAGGUGCCAUGCAAGACAAGAGCGCCAUCAGGUGGAGGGAUGACCGAGAGACCGAGGACGAGGGGGGUGUGCGUGUUUGGAUUUGGGGGUCAAUGGGACCUUCAUGCUUGUUCAGGAUUUUCUUCGGGAUGGACAGAGGGAUCUGGGAUGGACUCGGAGAUUCUUUCCCAGGUUUUUUUUUUUUUUUUUUUUGGGUGAAUUCCUUGGAAAAUAAAAAGAUGUUUUCCUGUGUCGGAACGCUGCCUGUUCUGUGUGAGGAGGCUGCUGGAAUGCAGCUAGCAGAGAGGAGGGACUGAAGCAGGUCCAGGGGCACAGGACGACAGAGGACUCCUGAUGCAUCGCUGUUUGAGCCGUUCCAGGUUUUACUGAGAGCCUUGUGGGUGUGUCUGGACCCUAUAAAACGUGUAUCGCGAGCAAGCCUUGUUUCUGAAGCAGAUUAUCACUGUGGAGAGAGGUCCAGCCUGCAGCAAUAUAAACUACAGGGGCAGAAGCAGAAACGGCCUUGAUUCGAUCAACAUACUGAGGCUUUCUAUCAUUGAUUCAUUGAUUUAUUGAUGUAUUUAUUUAUUUAUUUAUUUGUACAUUUUUAGAGCCUUGUGCAGCACCAUGGACUCCCCCUGGGUUAGGUGGCUGAUGCGCUCCUGCAGGAUUCCUCAGUGCUGUAAAAUGCUCUAAAACCCAUCUGUGUCUUUUCAGAGUCUCGGAUGAUCAAAUCAACCAGCAAGGCUGACCCGGUUGAUAGUUCCUCUCCUUUCCGUUUUCCGUAGAAUGUUUUCCAUUUCUUUUAGUAUUUCCAGCGCUUGAGUGUUAAGUAGUUCUGGAUCGUUUUCUCUUCCUUCAAUAGCGCCCCCAGCAGUAUAAAGUAACUGAUCUUCUGGAGCUGAGUUUCGAACCCGAGCCAGGCAGGACCGUGUCCAGAUCCUCUUGUAGAGCUGGGCGGUCCUGACCCACAGAGCUGUGCAACAUUGUGUGCGGUGUGCCGGGACGCUGCGGAGAGACUGUAAAUACAGAGUUUCAUUUUAUAUCAAGCGUUUGUUUUCUUUGUGUUUUUUUUCUCAGCACAAGCGUAUUUGAAGGGGAAACGUUCCUCGUUGCUGUUUUAUGUUACUUGAAUUGCUUUAGGGUUGAAUUGAGAUUGUGUGCUGACUCUUGUUUUUAUUUUGUUCUUAUUAAUAAUAUUAUUAGCAGUUUCCUCCAUACAGUCUUCCCAUUGAGAGUAGUGGGAGAUCGCCGGUGCCACUCUGUGACAGUGUCAGUGUGCUGGGAGGGGCUGUUUCCGGUACACUGGAACACUGCACCUUAAACAUUCACUUUUACAAAACGGGAGAGAAACUCUUCUGAGAAAGUAAGUCAAGUAAGCACACGUCAGGAGAGAAACACACCCGACUGAAGUCCACCUCAACCUCAUGUGGUGUUGUUUUUGCUGUUACAUUGGACAAAGAUUUCUAGUUUGUCAUUGAAAGCAGGUUUCAUGUUCGUAUUUCUAAAGUUCCAUUGCUGGUGUAUUUUCUUCUGUGUGUGGGGGGGGGUGCUGCAGUUCUAGCUGCCUCUUUCAUUCUAGUACUGUACCAAAAGAGACCAUUGUCCUCAAUUACCUACUCCAUUCUGGGGGAACCAUUAUUUUGAAAUCUCUGUUCCAGGAGGGACAUUUCUGUAACCCUCCUUCAGUGGAACUGAUUUACUGUAAGUUUGUAGAAGGGGGGAAACCUUUCAUGUAACACCUCUGUUCUCCGUUUCCUGUUCACACUGCAUCGUGUCUUCAGUGACCGUGUGAUUAAAAGUGUUAGUUUAUUUAAAAGGGAAAAAUGAAAAUCUUACUGAAACUAAUUUCUGAAAGAAAGCCGUUUCACUAAGUGUUUUAUUUUUGUCUUUUAAUUGUUACCUGUUCUGUUUAACCUGUUUUGUUUAUUUUGGCAUUAUUGUUUGUAAAUGUUGAAACAAUUUUAUGUUUAAAACAACAACAGCAAAAAAAAACAAACAACAACUUGGCUUUAUUUUUAAUAUUAUUCUUUAAUAAAACCAAUUCAUUAAAUCAAA